AUGAUCUCUUCGUUUUCUUCUGAUAAUUUUUCUGUUAGCAGCCUAUGCAAAACCCUUAUGAUUUUAGGUCUGCUUCUUUAUUUGAUCUACGUUUCGCUUUCGACUCAAUAUCCCAAUUGUUCAACUUCUGAUUUCUUUACACCUAUCCAGAAAAGGGCACAUCCCACAAAUAAAUCUUCAGUAGAAAAUUCUAUUGAUUCUCCAACUAAUGUUAGCCAUCUUGUUUUUGGACUUCUUGGUUCAGUUCCAUCAUGGCCUCGCAGAAAGCCGUACAUCGAAUCAUGGUGGCGACCAAACGUUACAAGGGGAUACGUAUAUUUAGAUAGAGAACCAACGGAAGAUCUCCUCCCUUGGUCAAAGGAUUCUCCACCAUAUAAGAUAUCUGAGGACCUUACAGUAUUCGUUCAAGAAAUUAGGGGUAUUUACCUCAUGAAUAAAAUGGUAAAUGGAAUAAAGGAGGUUUUCAGAGAGGAGCAUGGAGAUCUCAGAUGGUUAAUAAUGGGAGACGACGAUACAAUAUUUUUCGUGGAUAACCUAGUUGAUGUUCUUUCGAAGUUAGAUCAUAAAAAGUACUACUACCUUGGUCACCAGUCUGAGUUUAUUUGGUCCAAUGUUUGGUACUCAUUCAACCAAGCUUUUGGUGGAGGUGGAUUCAUUUUGAGUUACCCUUUGGCAAAAGCCCUGUCAAAUGGCAUGGAAAAUUGUCUGAGAAGACAUGCACAUUUGAAUGGACGGAGGAACUCUGCUGAUAUGACAACGAUGGCCUGCAUCGCUGAUCUUGGAGUCGACUUGACUCCCCAUCUAGGAAUACACCAGGUUGAUUUACGUGGCGAUAUAUCUGGUUUUUUGUCGUCUCAUCCAAAAUUUCCUAUACUGUCAUUUCACCAUUAUGACGUGUUAGACCCAUUAUUUCCCUCCAUGGAUCGUUAUGAAUCGGCCCGCCACCUCAUGAAGGCAGCAAACGUCGACCAGUCUCGAUUGGUGCAGCAAACCAUAUGCCAUCACAGGGAAAGAAACUGGACUUUUUCAGUUUCUUGGGGCUAUUCUGCACAUAUAUACGAGAGAGUUAUGCCUCGGAGUUACUUACAAAAUCCCAUCGAAACGUUUGGUUUAUGGACAAGGAGUCCACACCCUCCAAAUUUUAUGUUCAAUACUAGGAUGCCCUCCAAUGAUCCAUGUGAAGCCCCUCACGUUUUCUUCCGUGAAUCUAUAGAAAAAACACCGAGAAAUGAGAUCUUUACCAGCUACUCUCGUGCAUUGCCCCGCGGGAUUCCAGCUUGUUCAUCAAGUGGAAACCAUACUGCAGAUUUUAUUUCCAAAAUUGAAGUCAUUUCUCCUGCAACAAAACGCCUAGAGACGGAUAGAUGUGAAUGUUGUGACAUUGUUCGUGUAGAUGGGACGAAGGCGAAGGUCAAAUUUAGAGAGUGUAUGAUGGACGAGGUCAUAGCCUAA